GGCGAGCCCGCGCCAUGGUGGCUGCCAGUGACAAGCAGACCCGAAACCUGGCCAAGAUUCUGCUAGCCACCACCACGGAGUCCCCUGAGGAGCGGACCCGCCGCCUUCGCCAGCUUGCUGAUGGCCAAGAAAGAGUACGUAGAUGACAUCCUGAUUGCUGCCGAUACCGCCAAAGAUUGUGAGCAAGGGACCAAAGAUCUGCUGGCCACCCUAGGGACCUUAGGGUACCGGGCCUCUGCGAAGAAGGCUCAGAUAUGCCAAAGGAGGGUGAGUUACCUGGGGUACAUACUGGAGGGCGGACAGCGGCGGUUGUCAGACGCUAGAAAAGAGACAGUCUUGAAAAUCCCUGCUCCCACCUCCUGGAGGGAGGUGAGGGAGUUCCUAGGAUCGGCUGGCUAUUGCCGCCUCUGGAUACCAAGUUUUGCUGAGAUCGCCAGGCCCCUAUAUGAAGCCACCAAGGAGGGGAAGGCCUUUAAAUGGACUGAGACAGAAGAAAUUGCCUUUAAUCACAUAAAGAAAGCUCUUUUGGCUGCUCCAGCCCUGGGCCUACCAGACAUUACAAAACCCUUUCGCCUCUUUGUAGAUGAGCGCAAAGGAGUAGCAAAAGGGGUUUUAACCCAGGCUUUAGGCCCCUGGAGUCGCCCAGUAGCAUAUUUGUCUAAAAAGCUGGAUCCUGUAGCCGCCGGCUGGCCACCGUGCCUAAGAAUCAUUGCAGCAACCGCGCUCUUAGUCAAGGAUGCUGACAAACUGACCCUGGGACAGGAGAUCUGGAUCACAACCCCGCAUGCCAUUGAAGGGGUCCUAAAACAGCCUCCUGAUAGGUGGAUGAGCAAUGCUCGCAUGACCCACUAUCAAAGCUUGCUGCUCAACCCCCCUAGAGUACGGUUCCAUCCCAGUGCUGCCCUCAACCCUGCUACCCUGCUACCUGACCCUGUCCUAGAUGCCCCACUACAUGACUGUGCAGGAAUCCUGGAGCAGGUACAUGGACUUCAGAAGGACUUGACCGAUCGGCCCCUCCUGGAUGCAGAGGCCACCUGGUUCACGGAUGGAAGCAGCUUCGUGCGGAACGGGUGCAGGUACGCAGGUGCGGCGGUGGUUACCAACACAAACACUGUGUGGGCGGAGGCUCUGCCCCCUGGGACAUCAGCUCAGCGAGCAGAACUCAUUGCACUCACCAAGGCACUGACACUGGGGGCUGGAAAACUGCUUAACGUUUACACAGACAGCCGUUAUGCAUUUGCUACAGCUCAUGUUCACGGGGCAAUCUACCAGGAGAGAGGGCUAUUGACAGCAGAGGGACGGACAAGAAAAAAUAAACAGGAAAUCCUCGACCUGCUCUCAGCCUUAUGGCUUCUUGCCAAGUUAGCCAUAAUCCACUGCCAGGGACACCAAAAAGCCGAUGACCCGGUAGCGAAAGGUAACCAAAAGGCUGACCAGGCUGCAAAGGCAGUAGCCCUUACCUCGGUCCCUACCAUGGCCUUACAACUACCAGACCCAGGGGACCCAGUCUUACCAGACCAGCCCAAGUACUCCCAGGAGGAGUUGCAACGUAUCAAAAAGCUCCCUAAAGCCCAGGAAAUAAAGGGAUGGUGGCAUACACCAGAAGGAGAACUUAUACUGCCGGACUGGCUCUGGGACACGAUAUUAAAACAUAUGCACCAAUCCACUCACCUGGGAACCCGGAAAAUGAAGGACUUAAUCCAACAUGCCAGGAUCAAAAUUCACCAGCAGAAUACCAAGAUAGAUCAGGUUGUGUCUGCCUGCAAGACCUGUCAACUCACAAACGCAAGGGUUGGAUCAAAUAAAAGAGGAACCAGGCUCAGAGGCACCAAACCUGGAGCGCAAUGGGAGGUCGACUUCACUGAAAUUAAACCAGGGAAGUAUGGUUAUAAAUAUCUUUUAGUAUUUAUAGACACCUUCUCUGGAUGGGUAGAGGCAUACCCAACCAAGCAUGAAACAGCUCAGAUGGUGGCCAAGAAGCUGCUGGAAGACAUCUUACCCAGAGGGCUCCAGAGGGCACACGAGGACAUUUGGCCACGCCUCUGCGCCAUCUAUGAGACCAAAACUACAAAUGAAUUGGAGUGUGGAGCGGAGUAUAAUAGUGACAGCAGUGUGCCUGCUGCCUACCAAAAGUUGAAUUCAGUGUUAGAAUGA